CCUGAUAUCGUACGCAUUGCGCAUGCGCCAGCUAUAGGCAGCGUCAUCACUUCGCCCUAGUUCUACGUGUAUCUUUAAGAGCUCCGUAUAAACCGAGCUUGUGCGAGUGAGUGUGGUUCAUUUGGGAUAUUAAAGCUUGAAGACAGACUGUUGUGAUGGAUCAGGUUAUGCAGUUUGUGGAGCCAGGGCGGCAGUUUGUGAAGGACUCCAUCAGACUGGUGAAGAGAUGCACUAAACCUGAUAGGAAAGAGUUUCAGAAGAUUGCCAUGGCAACAGCAAUUGGUUUUGCAAUCAUGGGCUUUAUUGGGUUCUUCGUCAAGCUCAUCCACAUCCCCAUUAACAACAUCAUUGUUGGUGGUUAAACUGUGUACCAGAGACUGAACUGAUAGACUUCUGCCUUGAUGAGUUGUUUUUUUCCCCCUUGUAUGUAAAUAAAUUUAAGUAUUAAACAUUCUUAAACAAGAAUGUGCCAUACACUCUGUAUUGUAUAAAAAACUCUUUUUACACA